AUGACUGUGCAAAUAUUGCUAUCUCUGAACAAGACGUCCUUAAUCAUGAUGAAAUUAAAACUUUUAUGGACUCAAGAUAAUGUAGAAGCUGCGGCCGAAAGGGCUGGAUCAAAAGAAACUAUGCUGACGGCUUGGUUUAAAUUAAACGAUACAGAUGAAGAUGCAAGGCUUUAUUUAUAUGCCGAUAUCCCUGAACAUUAUGUCUUUAAUAAACGAGGGGUUACUUCCUUUGAAGAUCUUAGAACUGUGGAAGAUGUAAUCUAUCCAACCUUCAAAGAAGCAGCCCAAAAAAGUGGCAUAUUUAGUGAUGAUGCUACUUGGGACUUUGCAUUAACCGAUGCAGCAAUUUGGAAAAUGCCUUGGCAAAUGAGAGACUUAUUUGCGUAUAUCUGCGUGUUUGCAGUUCCUCCUAACGCUUUGGAACUUUUUGAAAAAUACAAAUCCGAUUUGUAUGAAGAUUUUGCAAGAGAUGCAAGGCACAAUCACACAGAUAAUUGCCAGCAUUGUACAAAUCUUGCUAUAGUAGAAAUUCAAGCAAUUCUUAUCUUGAGCUACAAGAAAUGCGUAGACUUUGGCUUGCCGUCUCCACCAGCCAAUAUGCGUGCGGCUGCGGACGAGUAUUUUGAUGUACUUGCAGAGAAACAAAAAGGUGACGCAUUGCAAGAUACUCUUAACGAUGAGCAACGAAAUGCUUUCGAUACAGUAUUAAAUGUUGCCGAAAAUGAAAACCUUCCCCAUAGAAUAUUCUUUAUGGAUGGGGUUGGUGGAAGUGGGAAAACACACGUAUACAAGACUAUACUUUCCACAGUGCGUGGUGAAGGAAAUAUUGCAUUACCUAUGGCAUCAACCGGAAUUGCAGCCAAUUUGCUGGAUGGUGGACGAACUUACCAUUCGCAGUUUAAAUUCCGCAUUCCUAUAGAUGACACAACAACAUCACCAAUUCGAUCGAACUCAGCAGAUGCUGAGUUAUUUCGACAAGCAAAAUUGCUCAUCUGGGAUGAAGCUACAAUGGCCCCAAGUCUUGCAUUAGCAGCAGUUGACAAAUUUCUAAAAGAAGUCAUGAAUAAUCAAAAGCCACUUGGCGGUAAAGUCCUUCUAUUAGGAGGAGACUUUCGACAAACGUUACCCGUAGUUCCUCAUGCAAGUAGAUCUGCCAUUGUAGAAGCGAGUUUGAAAUUUAACAGCUUAUGGCGAAAAGUCAAAAUUCUACACUUACUGAGUAAUGUAAGGUCUGUAGACAAAAGCUAUAGUGAUUGGCUACUAAAAUUGGGAGAUGGCACAUUAGAAACUCCUCUUGGCCUCCCUAAGUAUACAAUUGAAAUCCCAGAACAACUUAUUUGUCGGGAAUCAAUAAUUUAUGAAAUAUACGGAGAACGUCUUACGGUUGCCAAUGUUGCCAACUUUUCAAAAAUGGCAAUUUUGUGUCCAAAAAACACGGACGUUGACAACAUAAAUGAAGAAAUUUUAAAUAUUCUAGAAGGAAAUUCGGUAACUUAUUUCAGUACGGAUUCCGUGGAUGAUGAAAGUGCAGAGGAUAGACAACAUUAUCCUGUUGAAUUUCUAAAUGGUUUAACGCCAUCUGGAAUGCCUGUCCACAAGUUAAAUCUUAAAAAGGGCAGCAAUAUUAUGCUCCUUAGAAACUUAAAUACUAAACGAGGACUAUGUAAUGGCACCCGUCUAAUUGUUGAAGACUUGAAGCCCAAUUUAAUAAUUGCAAAAGUGCUUACAGGGUCUGCACAGCAACAAAUUGUAUUCAUUCCAAGAAUUGAUUUGUCCACUGCAAAUGCAGAUUUUCCAUUCGUUUUACGAAGGAGGCAGUUCCCAAUUAAAUUGGCGUUUGCAAUGACAAUUAAUAAAUCUCAAGGGCAAACUUUAGACAAGGUCGGAGUAUAUCUCCCUGAACCAGUUUUUAGCCAUGGUCAAUUAUAUGUUGCCUUAUCAAGAGUGCGACGCUUUGCAGAUGCAAAAAUUAAGAUAAUAGACGGCCCAGAACAGGGAAAAUUAAUUGAGGGCUCAGAUAGUUUUUACCAAAAAUGUGGUCUAUGA